GUUCGAUGGUGAUAUUCGGCAAUGGCCGGCAUUCAAGAAUAUCUUCAUGGCUUCCGUAGAUGACACCGACAUACCAGUGGUCAACAAAUUACAAUAUCUGAAGUCGUCACUCACGGGAGAAGCAGCGAUCCUUAUAUCCUCAUUGCUAGUGACGGAGGAAAAUUAUACCAAGGCCAUGGAAAUUCUAUCAAGAAGCCCUACCGAGCAAAUCAUGUGUGCUCAAAAUACAAAUGUCUAACAUGCCAUGGUAGACAUCACACCAGUAUACAUAUGGACAGAAAUCUACAGCAACAGCAGGUUAGCUUUGCUUCUGCAGAUUUAUAUUGCAAUGACUUACCUCCGGUGCAAUCUAACAUUGUUUCUCUACCUACUGCUACUUCUAUGGGUACACCCAAUCCUAGCUACAUUCACCUGCAACGACAUGCAACUGCUACUUCUAUAGGUACACCUAACUCUAGCUACACUCAACUGCAACCACAUGCAACUGCUACUUCUAUGGGUACACCCAAUCCUAGCUACACUCACCCGCAACCACAUGCAACUGCUACUUCUAUAGGUACACCUAACUCUAGCUACACUCAACUGCAACCACAUGCAACUGCUACUUCUAUGGGUACACCCAAUCUUAGCUACACUCACCUGCAACCAUAUGCAACUGCUACUUCUAUAGGUACACCUAACUCUAGCUACACUCACCUGCAACCACAUGCAACCACUACUUCUAUGGGUACACCCAAUUCUAGCUACACUCCCCUGCAACCACAUGCAACCGCUACUUCUAUAGGUACACCUAAUACUAGCUACACUCAAAUGCAACCACAUGCAUCUACUGACAACAUUAAAUUGCCUAACACUACACACACUCACGCUACGCCUUCUACUGUGCUUUCAUCUCAUACUAACAGACAUCAAAUAUUGCUUUCCACAGCCAUCAUCCAAAUCCAAGAUGCAUCCGGAAAGUGGAUAAACGCUCGAGCUCUCCUGGACGCAGGUAGCGAGGUCAACAUUGCUACCCACAGACUGGCAUCCAUGCUUCAGCUUGCAUGUAAAGGUGAUAUUUGUAAUAUUAGUGGCAUAGGUAACACCCAAAAACAAUCUCAAAUGAGUAUACAUACUAGUAUUUCUUCACGUUAUACUAACUACAAGGCUGAUCUCACAUUCAUUGUGUUGGAUAAUAUAGCAGUGCCGCUACCACACAACUAUAUACCUACACAUACCUGGCACAUACCAACUAAACAAGCACACACGCUUGCUGACCCUACUUUUUUCAUACCUAGCUCAAUUGACUUGCUUAUUGGAGCUGAGCUCUUCUACUCCAUACUACUGACAGGACGUAUAAAACUUGGUUCAUGCUUACCUUUCUUAAUUGAAACUACCCUAGGAUGGGUUGUAUCAGGUUCUUACAUUCCUGAUUCUAGUGAGCUUACUUCUGACUGCACUACACCUGUUAGCAUGCAUUUAUCACCUACUCCCACAGAUGGCAUACUCCAAUCUUUCCGGGAACAGGAGGAAGUACUGUCUACACAAAAGUUAAUCUCUCCUGAUGACAAAUACUGUGAGGAGUUGUACACCUCAACCACUACACAGAAUAAUGAUGAUAUAAUAUCUACUGCUCAAGUGGUUAAUAUUUGCUCUACAACAGGUAUUAAUUAUUCAUUUUUCUAUGAGCAUUUUAAAAGGUUUUCUAGCUAUACUAACUUGUCUAGAUCAAUUUCAUACUUAUUCAGAUUCAUACAUAAUUUGAAAAACAAGCAUAAUAAACUUACUUCUCAUUUAUCUGUUUCAGAGCUUAAACACUCACAGACUUUCAUUCUACAGGCCACACAGCAUCAUUCAUUCCAUAAGGAAAUCCAAGAAUUUAUUUAUUUAUUUAUUUAUUUAUUGAGGAAUUAG